ACUCGUACCGAAUCCCGGGUAAUUAGCCAUCGCCGUUCUACUAUGACCCCGGAGCCUUGGCGGGGCGGGAGUGGACGUCGUGGAUCGUGCCCCUGAUCGUGGUCGCGAACGUCGCCGUGUUCGUGGGCAUUAUGUACGUCAACGACUGUUCUGGCCACCGGAACCCCUAUGGCUCCUGCGUCGCCGGGUUCCUCCGCCGCUUCUCCUUCCAGCCCCUCCGCGAGAACCACCUCUUGGGGCCCUCGUCUUCGACACUGCAGAAGUUGGGUGCUCUAGAAUGGGACAAGGUGGUACACCAGCAUCAGGGAUGGAGGCUUGUGACUUGUAUGUGGUUGCAUGCUGGUCUUAUACAUCUGCUUGCCAAUAUGCUAAGCUUGGUUUUUAUUGGUAUUCACCUUGAACAACAAUUUGGAUUCAUCUGGAUUGGUAUAAUCUACCUACUCUCUGGAUUUGGUGGUAGCAUUUUGUCAUCUCUUUUCAUCAGGAAUAGUAUCUCUGUCGGUGCUUCUGGUGCUUUGUUUGGACUUCUUGGAGCAAUGCUGUCAGAACUAAUCACAAACUGGACCAUUUAUACAAACAAGGCUUCUUCUCUGUUCACUCUGUUGGUCAUCAUCAUGUUCAACUUGGCUGUUGGAAUACUGCCACAUGUUGAUAAUUAUUCCCACAUUGGAGGAUUUUUGACAGGUUUUCUCCUUGGCUUUGUAUUGUUGAUCCAGCCUCAGUUUAUUUGGUUGGAAGGCCACAAUCUGCCUCCUACAGACCGGGUUAAAUCAAAAUACAUGGCAUAUCAGUAUAUAUUAUGGGUGAUGUCACUGAUUUUGCUAGGAAUUGGAUUGAUUGUUGGCUUGGUAAUGCCAUUUCGAGGAGUCAAUGGGAAUGAUCAUUGCCACUGGUGUCACUAUUUGAGUUGCUUACCGACAUCUCGGUGGAGCUGCAGAAAUUGAAGAAUGAAGAAGUUAGCCACUUGGGUUUUUCUUUUUCUUCAGAACACAUUGGAUAUAUGCGUGCUCGAGUGACAUGUUACAUUCCGCUUACCUGUAGGUUCGCAGCAAGCAGAUUGAGAUAGAUCACUGGG